CACACACACACACGUACACCUGGGAUGUCCCGUACAAGUUUAUUUUUUCGCUGCUGCAUGAACGAAAAUGGCUGAAACACUAUCCCCGAAGUCAAAGAAACGACAGACAGGGCCCAUGAAACGACCGGCUGAAACAUCGAAGCCAAAGGAAUGGAAAAAGUGGAGGGAUGACAACAAGGACAAGAAGAAGAAAUACAAAGAUGCUAAACUGCGGAGACAGUUUGAGAGACAGGAGGCAAAAACGACUGCUAGAGAAGCAGGGGAAGCCAGAGAAGCUCAUGUGAAAUCCAAAGGCCGCACUUGGACUGUAAGCGUUGCCCUGCCCGGAUCGAUCCUGGAAAAUGCACAGUCGCCGGAGCUGAGAACAUACCUUGCAGGCCAGAUUGCAAGAGCCAUGGUGGUGUUCUGCAUCGACGAGGUCAUCAUAUUUGACGAGUCUGGAAUGCCUUCGGAGACCACAGACGGAAACUUUGACGGCGUCGGCAAGAAGGGGAAUCCCAAUGUUCAGCUAGCCAGAAUCCUGCAGUUCCUGGAAUGUCCACAGUAUCUGAGGAAAAAUUUCUUCCCUAUGCACAAGGACUUGAAAUACGCAGGCCUGCUCAACCCUCUAGACUGCCCCCAUCACCUACGCGUCGAUGAGGCAUGUCCGUACAGAGAAGGCGUGGUGCUAGACCGGGCAGCAGGCCAGGGCAAGGGUUCAUUUGUCAAUGUGGGUCUUCUAAAGGAGGUGCGGGUAGACAGACAGCUGCAGCCAGGCCUGAGAGUAACAGUCCAGAUGGCCGACAGUGAUUACAUCAACUCAGAUAAGAAAACGCUGCGAGGUAUGGUGGUCUCGCCUGCGGCACCACGCGCAGAGGCUGGCCUGUAUUGGGGUUACUCUGUCAGACUUGCCUCAAGCCUGGGGAUGGUCUUUACACACAGUCCCUACAAAGGCGGAUAUGAUGUCACCCUGGGUACGUCCGAGAGAGGGACAGACGUGGACCAUGUAGAGCUGCCCAAAUUCAGGCAUUUGUUGAUCGUCUUUGGUGGGCUGAAAGGCCUGGAGUACAGCCUGGACGCUGACGAACAUCUAAAGAUAGCCGACCCCAAGCUGCUGUUUGACCACUAUGUCAACACCUGCCCCACCCAGGGCAGUCGAACAAUCAGGACAGAGGAGGCCAUUCUCAUCUCGUUAUCAUCCCUGAGGUCAAAAGUCAACCAGGCAGCAUCCCAAACUAACCAAAGUUGACAGCGUCAACUGCAAUGUUCGUCAAUAUUUAUUUUUAAACCUAAGAAAGAAUUUAGUGAGGUAUGUGCACAUUUGGCCCAGGACUAGGAGACAGCCUGGGAAAUUUUCUAACAUUUCAUAGAGACUUGGGAUUUUCCCCCAAAUUUGAAAUUUUGUAAAAAGUGCAGGUUUGACACCUUUUGUGUAAAAGUGCUGUUUACAAAGUGGAGGAUGCACCCUUCUUUGGGUUUCUUCAAAGAAGAAGAAACCACAUUUUUGCUGUCCCAUUCCUCCAGCGGCCUCCAGUUGGAGACUCCAUUGAAAGUCUGUAGCGCCAUCAUGUGGGUAAAUUGGUCUUUUGCUCAUGACAGUUUGUGUUGCUUUCGGGGCCAGAUUCAGUGUAUUCAUCAUAUGCACAAGGGAAUUCGAUUUCACAUUUUAGUACUUACAAGAUUGCAGAUGAAUGCACUGCUGGUUUGCUUAGAGCACUUCUUUAAAAAACCAUACUCACUCGAGUGAGCCUCAAGCCCUCAACUGCUUGCUGGUUAUGAUGAAAUUUUUUUUGUCUUCAGCAUUGGCUGAAAGUCAGAAAAAUAAUAAACACAUGGACAUCAAAAGACAUUGGUGCAGACAAUAUGACAGUGUUUUUGUAAGCUCAUCCGUGGAUUUCACCACCGGAUUGAGCAGAAAUGUUAGUUUUCUUACUGCAAGAAUCAGUCGUAGUCGUUUGGUGCAACAGGAAAUGAAAAACAAAGCCCCACCAGACAAAAGAUUCCCCCCCCCACCUGUCAUUGUGCUCUAUUGGGCCACAGGAAGUAGAUGAUGCAACCACCAUUGGUUGUCAUUCUUGGAGAGAGGAUGUUGAUCGCAUCCCGAGACUAUCAAUUUCAGAGCUGCUCUUCCUGUGGGUGAUUUGAAAGGAGUGGCUUGAAAUGAUGACAACUGCUGUUUCAUGUUCACAGAGAUGUUUUGUCUCGUCCCUCACACUGAACUGGCGAAAUUUUAUUCCCUUUGAAAAGAAAUUCCAAACAACAAACAUAGCCAAAUCAAUGAAAUACCCACUAGGGUGAGGUUUUCAUUAAUGGACUACAUUUCUGCUGCUGUGUUUUGGUCUCUAUAUACUGAACUGCUUUUUAUUGCUUGUGGCUCUUAGAAGCUCGUUGGUUGAGCAGUUGAGAUGUACAGUGCUUGAACCAGCUAGCUGGAGAUUGUGGGGAAAUUAAGUCACCCAGGCUUGUGCAAGUUUUUUCCCCCACGAGCUCUUAAAAAGCACUGACAGGUAUUCAGUGAUUCAACAGACGAGGUUCGGAUCCUUAUCUUAAACUAUGCAUCACUUUCUGCACUUGGCCCCAACGAAUGCCUGGUGCCAGAGUGUCAGUUUUUGUUCAAAAUGAAAGGAUACCAGUUUAUUUGGACAGUAGUAAUUAUUGUCUACCAACAGCAGGAGGCAAAAUGUAGUAGGCCUACGGACAUACAGAAUACCCUCAGAUUGGGGUUCCGUGAAAAGGUGUCUACACUUGCAGUUGUGCCCAUAAUACUCACGAAGUAGGCCUUUUCUUAGAUGAGUUAACAAUCUUUGUGAGUUGUUAUUUCCCUGAAAUUGCCAGUAGGAUAAAUCAAAGCUAGCUAUGAGUAUGUGAGUUUGUUUCCAAGAGUGCUCUUGUCAACCCUAACUGCUCAACUUCUGCAUUUCAAAAUUUUCAGGUGCAGAUGCACCCAACCUUAGUUGUCUUGCAUUCCAGUCGUUGAUGUUACUCGUAC